CCCACUACAACACACCUAACCGCUCACUAAUUUCGGGACAUGAGGCAUUCUUACAAUCUGGAGCCCUGAUUUGCUCACGUUUUCAAUUAAAUAUACAAAUUCACACGCACCACAACAACAUCGUCAUCACCAUGAGGUGUCCGUCAACUUGUGUGUCAUGUACCCUUAUCCUGCUGCUAGCAUCACUGCAUUUGAGCUCAUCCACACCUGCCAAGGAAGGAAAGGUCGCACCCGCUGCAUCAACCAAACCUGGAACAUCAACUGCAAAAUUGGAAAAAGCUCCUUCCUCGAGCGCAGAUGGAACUUCUGCGUCGCAAGGCGUGGAUGCAGGGGACCCAACUAAACGUGUGUCUCGAGGUUCUGACGAAAGUGACGAUGAGGAGAUUACACAAAGUGGCAUUCCCGAGCUUAUUCCAAUUGCAGAAAGUAGAAAAGUUCGUGGAAAUGGGGCUGACCUCGUCCCAGCAGCAGAUUCGGAGAACGGGUCACCAUCUUCUGCAGUGGAAUUAGUCAAUUCUAUUAUGGCUGAUUUUGAGCGAGAAGCUCGAGAGGAAGGGUUUCUAGAUCCUGAGGUCGAAUUGGACUCAAAUCUUAAUGCUAGGUCGCAGAAAUGUGCAAACGACGGAGAUAAAUGUUUAGAAAACGUAGGUUGCUGCUCUCUAUUUUGCUCUUGGACACGCAAUUUCACAUGCUACACUGUUGCAGGCUAAAUACAUAAAACCAUUGUAUUUAUUGUUAACCUCGAAUAAUAUUCGACAUUCGUCAUAUAAUUAUCGAUAUUAACUAACUUACUGCGAACAUCUAUUUAAAGCAUUAGUGUAUAAUUUUAAUUUUAUAUGUCGCAAGGAUAUAAGCCGCGCCAUUUUUUCCAUUAAAUAUGUU